AUGGUCCAGCAGGUCCCGGAAAACAUCAGCUUUCCCGCUGAGGAGGAAAAGAUCUUGGCCUUCUGGACCAGCUUUAAUUGUUUCCAGGAGUGCCUGAAGCAGUCUAAGCAUAGGCCGAGAUUUACGUUUUACGAUGGGCCCCCAUUUGCCACCGGGCUUCCCCAUUAUGGCCACAUCCUUGCUGGGACCAUUAAGGACAUUGUCACCAGAUACGCCCACCAGAGCGGCUUCCACGUGGACAGAAGAUUUGGCUGGGACUGCCACGGCUUACCUGUGGUAGGUAUGGCAGGAAAUGGGAAUGUGGGAGCCAGACCUGAGUCUUUGUGGAACUCCUCUUUUCAGGAAUACGAGAUUGACAAGUCCCUGGGAAUCAGAGGCCCCGAGGAUGUGGCCAAGAUGGGCAUCGCUGAGUACAAUCGGCAGUGCCGAGGCAUCGUCAUGAGAUACUCUGCUGAGUGGAAGGUCACCAUCUCCAGGCUGGGCCGCUGGAUCGACUUUGAGAAUGACUAUAAGACCCUGUAUCCCCAGUUCAUGGAGACUGUGUGGUGGGUGUUCCGGCAGCUCUACGACAAAGGCCUGGUGUACCGUGGCGUGAAGGUGAUGCCCUUCUCGACAGCCUGCAACACCCCCCUCUCCAACUUCGAGUCUCACCAGAACUAUAAGGAUGUCCAAGAUCCCUCAGUCUUUGUCACUUUCCCUUUGGAGGAAGAUGAAACGGUGUCUCUGGUGGCAUGGACCACCACACCCUGGACUCUGCCCAGUAACCUGGCCCUGUGUGUGAAUCCUGACCUCCAGUAUGUGAAACUUCGAGAUGCAACAGGAAGGGUCCUGAUCUUGAUGGAAGCCAGACUGGUGGCCCUGUACAAGUCGGAGAGUGACUAUGUGAUCCUUGAGAGGUUUCCUGGCAUUUCCCUCAAAGGCAAGCGCUAUAAGCCGCUGUUUGAGUAUUUUGUUAAGUGUAAAGCAGAUGGCGCCUUCACUGUGCUCGUGGACGGCUACGUGAAGGGGGAGGAGGGCACUGGCGUGGUGCACCAGGCACCAUACUUUGGAGCUGACGAUUACCGCGUCUGCAUGGACUCCAACAUCAUCCAGAAAGAUUCCGUCCCAGUGUGUCCUGUCGAUGCGUCCGGCUGUUUUACCCCUGAGGUCUCUGACUUCGCCGGGCAGUACGUGAAGGAUGCCGAUAAGAACAUCAUCCGGACCGUCAAGGAGAAAGGCCGACUCCUUCUGGCGGGCACAUUCAGUCACAACUACCCUUUCUGCUGGAGGUCCGACACGCCGCUGAUAUACAAAGCCGUCCCGAGCUGGUUUGUCAGGGUGGAGCACAUGGUGGACAAGCUUCUGGAGAACAAUGACCACUGUUAUUGGGUUCCUGAGUUUGUGAGGGAAAAGCGCUUUGGGAAUUGGCUCAAAGAUGCCCGUGACUGGGCCAUCUCCAGGAACAGAUACUGGGGCACCCCGAUCCCCCUGUGGGUCAGCGAUGACUUUGAAGAGGUGGUCUGUGUCGGGUCCGUGGCGGAGCUGGAAGACUUGACAGGAGCGAAGCUCUCCGACCUGCACAGGGAGAGCAUUGACCACCUGACCAUCCCUUCCCGCCUGGGGAAGGGCCCCUUGCGCCGCGUGCCCGAGGUCUUUGACUGCUGGUUCGAGAGCGGGAGUAUGCCCUAUGCCCAGGUCCACUACCCCUUUGAGAACAAGCGGGACUUUGAGGAAGCCUUCCCCGCCGACUUCAUUGCCGAAGGCAUCGACCAGACACGCGGGUGGUUCUACACUCUGCUGGUGCUGGCCACUGCACUGUUUGGGAAGCCUCCCUUCAAGAAUGUCAUCGCCAACGGGCUGAUCCUGGCCAGUGACGGCCAGAAAAUGAGCAAACGGAAGAAGAAUUACCCCGACCCCACAGCCAUCAUCAGCAGAUACGGAGCUGAUGCCCUGCGGCUUUACCUCAUCAACUCCCCUGUGGUCCGAGCAGAGAACCUGCGCUUCAAAGAGGAGGGGGUGCGAGACGUCCUCAAAGACGUCCUGCUCCCGUGGUACAACGCCUACCGCUUCCUCAUUCAGAACAUCCUUCGGCUUCAUAAGGAGGAGCAGAUAGAGUUCCUCUAUAACGAGAACUCUGUGAAGGAGAGCAGCAAUAUCACGGACCGAUGGAUCCUGUCCUUCAUGCAGUCCCUCAUCGGCUUCUUUGAGGUUGAGAUGGCAGCAUACCGGCUAUACACUGUGGUGCCACGGCUAGUCAAGUUUGUGGACACGCUUACCAACUGGUAUGUCCGAAUGAAUCGCCGACGGCUCAAGGGCGAGAAUGGGACCAGCGAUUGCAUCAUGGCCCUCGAAACUUUAUUCAGCAUUCUCUUCUCCCUGUGCAAGCUGAUGGCCCCCUACACCCCCUUCCUCACUGAGCUGAUAUACCAGAACCUGAAGACCCUCAUUGACCCAGCUUCAGUCCGGGAGAAGGACACGCUGAGCAUUCACUACCUCAUGCUCCCCCACGUCCGAAAGGAUCUGAUUGACCAGAAGACGGAGAACGCCGUCUCCAGGAUGCAGUCCGUCAUUGAGCUGGGCCGAGUCAUCCGUGACCGGAAGACCAUUCCAAUCAAGUAUCCUCUGAAGGAGAUUGUGGUCAUCCACCAAGAUGCUGAAGCCCUCGGCGACAUCAAGUCUCUGGAGAAAUACAUCCUCGAGGAGCUGAACGUCCGGCAGGUGACCUUGUCUACGGAUAAAAAGAAGUAUGGCAUCCGGCUGCGAGCAGAGCCCGACCACAUGGUGCUGGGCAAGCGCCUCAAAGGGGCCUUCAAGACUGUGAUGGCGGCCAUCAAGGAGCUUCCCAGCGAGCAGCUCGAGCACCUACAGCAGACAGGGUCUCUCGUGGUGGAGGGGCACGAGCUCCACAAGGAAGAUGUCCGCCUCCUGUACACCUUUGACCAGGCCCAAGGGAGCAUGUCCCAAUACGAGGCGCACUCGGAUGCUCAGGUUCUGGUGCUGCUCGAUGUCACCCCGGAUCAGAGCAUGGUCGACGAAGGCAUGGCCCGGGAAGUCAUCAACCGUAUCCAGAAACUCCGAAAGAAGUGCAAUCUGGUGCCCACGGAUGACAUCACUGUGUACUACAGGGCGCCCUGCCAGGGAGACUACCUGGACACGGUCAUCCAGAGUCACACGGAGUUCAUCCUGGCCACCAUCAAGGCUCCGCUCAAGCCCUACCCGGUGUCACCGUCAGACAAAGUGCUCAUUCAGGAGGUGACCCAGUUAAAGGGCUCCGACUUGGAAAUCACCCUCACGCGAGGUGUGGCCCCGCCGGGUCCAGCGUGCGCGUACGUCCAUCUGAACGUCUGGGCCAAUGGCAGAGAGCGAGGCGGCGUCCUGCUCCUCGAGAAUCCCAAGGGCCAUCACCGGCUGGACCUGGCCAAGCUCAAGGGCGCCGUCGGCUGCAUCUUUGACCUGCGAGCUCCCGAGCUGGCCGUCUUCCAUGAGAAAACAGAAGUCCUCAGUAAGACGGAUCUGCUGAGCCUCAGCGGGAAGACCCUGUGCGUGACGUCCGGCUGUCCCCCGGCUCCGGCCCAGAGCCCUGGCGCCCUCUGCGGCUUCAUCAACCUGCAGCUGUUGGGUGCCAAGGCACAAGAGAGCCCGGUGGGCACGCUGCUGCUGGAGAACCCGCCGGGCCACCGGCACCUGACCUACCCGGGCCUGCUCCACGAGGCCGCCAAGGUGUUCGGCCUGCGCAGCCGCAAGCUCAGGCUCUUCCUCAACGAGGCCCAGACGCAGGAAAUCACGGAGGACGUCUCCAUGAAGUCUCUGAACACAAAGACGGUGUACGUGGACGUGCUGCCCACCACGGCCGAGUGCUGACGCCCGCUGCGGGCACGGCCUUCUCUCUGCCCCUCGUGCCAGGCUCUCCUCUGCCACCUCCCCCUGCCGGGCACAGGGCCGUCUGCCCGUUGCUCCCAGCUCGUCCAGAAAAUAAAUGUGGCCCCGAGAGCGGCCUCGUGUCUCUGGUGACGGCA